AUGGAUAACCUGCAUAAGAGGUUGCCGCCACUACAACCCAGUGACGAUAGCUUCUAUAAGGUCCCGGACAACAUCUCGACUUUUGCCAACGGCGCUAUUAUUCGAAACCGCAAGACUCCAAGCCCAAUUGCUACCAUGGGUCAAUUCCCGCUCAACUUGGCCAACGCUUAUCAGAUUUUGUACAAAACCAUGGACGGCCAGGAUCAGCCUACGGCUACAGUUUUGACUGUUCUUGUUCCGCAUUUCGCAGACACUCGCAAGAUCCUGUCCUACCAAGUUGCCGAGGAUGCUUCAAAUAUUAACUGUGCGCCAUCCUAUGCCUUUCAGUUGGACACUGAUCCGGGGAAUAAUGUGCCGCAAUCUGAGCUACUGCUUAUACAAGCUGCACUGGAGAAGCAGUGGAUCGUCAUAGUCCCUGACUUUGAGGGCCCCAACGCAGCCUUUCUGAGCAACAAGCUUGGUGGACAAGCCAUCCUCGACGGUAUCCGCGCCGCGCUCAAGUCUGGAUCGUUCACAGGCGUCGUUGGGGAUAAUAAGCCUACAAUCACCAUGUGGGGAUAUUCUGGCGGCGGCCAGGUGAGCAUGUGGGCGGCUGAGUUACAGCCAGUAUAUGCCCCUGAACUUAAGAUCGCUGGCCUCGCUGCUGGUGGUGUUAUCAGUAAGAUCUCAACGGUUCUAGAUAUGGUUAAUGGUAAAGCAAGUGCAGGACUGAUCGCCUCGGGGGUGCACGGGCUCAGCCACCAGUAUCGCGACCUCAAGUCUAUACUUAACAAGAAUAUCCGACCUGCUUCACUAGACAACUAUACCAGGGCUGACGUCCAGUGCUCAUCAACAAAUCUUGCUUAUUUUGCUGGCGCAAACAUUAUGGCAUGGUUUAAGGAUGCUGGCCUGAUUCUUCAGGACAAAAGAGUCGAGGCCAUUAUAACCGCUAAUGACCUCGACGAGAUCAGCCCUAUUUCUGAGGCUGAUGUGCUCAUUGCGUCUUACUGCGCUAGAGGCAGCAUCAUCCAGUACGAGAGGGACCGCACGGCCAAUCACUCGCUGAUGGCUAUCGCUGGAGCACCUACAGCACUAUCGUGGCUUGAGGACAGGAUGGAGGGCCGCCCAAACCCCAACACAGCGUGCAGCAUAUACACAGUAGAGUCUGCAUGGCUCGACCCGCAAGCUCUCCUGGGCUUACCCUGGUUCAUUCUGAAUGCUCUCUUAGAUUUGCUCGGUAAGCCUGUCGGUGUUCUAUAA